ACCAGAAGUGGGAUGGUUGGAACUGCAACCAUCUGCCAUGGAAGCUGCUUCCACUUACAAUUUUUAGUUUUAUAUUCCUGCAUUCAUUGUUUAAACUGCCCUUCUUGUGGAAUUCAUUCUAUGGAAUGUUUUGGAGCAACUGACUAGUCACCCCUAAUCCUACUGCAUCAGUCAAGCAAACAUGACUGAAUUGAGGCAUUCUUAGCUGAUAUUUGAAGUACCUAAAACAGAUUCCACUCAGGCAUGAGAAAGUAAUGGCUUGGAAUUGUAUGGAGAUGAAACAAUGUGAUUGAUGCGACAAGUAUCAGGCUCAACCAUGGAGCACAUGGCAUUACCCAUGGCAGCCUCAUAUACUCCUGCUCAAGUGCAGCGGAAACUUGAGCAGGGACUGAAGAGCCUGAAGGUGUUGAAUGAAACAAUGGAUCGGAGUCAGCGGGCCACAGAUAGCAUUGUUGGGAUCCUCAACUCCUUUGAGCAGAGAUUGAACCAGCUGGAGAAGGCCAUCCUCCCCAUCUAUCGACAGACAGACAUAGAGAAGACCCUGAUGGAGUUGAAUGGUGUGGUGAAACAUUAUUCUGUGGCAAAUGAUGUCGAGCAACUAGUAAAACAGGGAGUCAUGAGUGGCCCUUCUCUCAAUGGCUACCUUGAAGCACUUGAUAGACUUUGGAGCGCUUGGAAUUACUUCACUGUCAACAAUCCAGAUAGUGCGGAGCUUGAGAAUGUGAAAUUGCUCUUCAAUUUGGGCAUGGAUUCCAUCAAUAAGCACUUCCGGGAGCUUCUGACUAGCAUCAGCAAACCAUUGAUUCCAGUGACAGUAUUGGAUGCUUUGAGCAAUGAGAAUGAGGUUGGAGCAAUUUUGAAGGCAAUGAACUUGGAAAGUGAUUCUGUGAAAGAGCUGAAACAGUUGGCAGCAUGGAUGGCAGAUCACAAUCGUGAUAUGUUCCUAACUGUCUAUGCCAAAGUGAGAGCCAGUCUAGUAGUGAAGACAUUGAAUGCCUUGAAGGAUCAUCAGAGAAAAGGGAGCUUAGGCAUAGAUUCCCGUUCCCCAACUGUACCAACUACUGCCUCACCUGCUCCUCCCAGGCGUUUACGUGCUGAUGCCGGGACUCGACACCUUGUCCUCAACCGCAUUCAGGCUCUGGCUGAGAAGAAAAUGGGAAAAACAUUGGAAGUGACAGGGAAGCAUGGACUUGGAAAGCCUAGAGGCUCUUCUGCAGAUCUAGGAGCUGAGGAUAAAAUCUCAGAAUCAGACAUUGAAGUGUAUCUUAUUUGCUUGUCGGCCUUCAUGUCUCUGUUGGAGGCAGAGAAGAAAGUGGCUAUCAAGAUUUUGCCCUCAUCUCCUCUCUCCAGUCUCAUGCAGACAUUUGAAGUCAUCAUUAGGGAUGCUGUGGAACAUAUGACUACUGAUGGACAGGGACUCUUGAGCAGGUUGAAAAAGGCUGUGCCCAGACAAGAUUUCAACUCAAUCUUUGCUGUAGUGCCAGUGUUGCAACAUUUGCUGACUUUACAGAGGAGAUUUGAUUCUCUCACUUCUGAAUGUUCUGAAGACAGCCAGAGAAAGUUCAAACAUCUCAUGGGAAUGUUCUUUGAAACUGAAUCCCAAUGCCUGGAGGACUUCAUUGAGGCCUUGAAGUUGGAUCAAGAUAAACAGGUUCCUUCUGAUGGAACAGUGCAUCAGCUGACAUCCAACAUUAUGAUGUCUUUGGAACCUCUACGUGAUACUGAUGACACUCUGGGUCACAUUCUCCAAGUAGCCAUCUUAUCUGUUUCUUUCCUUGACAAGCCACUGUAUCAAAAGGCUGUAGGGAGCCUGCCUCUGAACAUCAGCAGGAAGAAGGCUCUUCUUGGAGUCUAUCUCACUCGUGUGGUGGCUGGGCUGAGCAUGGCUCUAAAUAACAAGAGUGAGUCCUACUCAGACACAAGUCUCAAGGCAGUCUUUCGGUUGAACAAUACUCAAUACAUCCUGACGUCCCUCCAGCGUUCAGGACUCCUAGACAUCAUGCGAUGCUACCAGGCUGACUGUGAGGAUCAUCUUCUUGAUCAGAUUGUGGAGCAGAAGAGGAUUUAUUCCCAGGGAUGGAGCAAGGUGUUACACUACAUCACAGGAGCAGACAUUCCACAGGCAAGCUUCACAACUGAGAAAAUGAGAGAAAGGGAUCGUCAGAUGCUCAAAGACAAAUUUCUUGGCUUUAAUCGUGAAGUGGAGGAGAUAGGACGGAUACAGAGACACUAUUCCAUCCCGGAUCCUGAGCUUCGAGAGAGUCUCAAACGAGACAACAAGGAAUUCAUCCUUCCAGCUUACCAAACCUUCUUUGACAGGUAUGCAAGGCUGCCUUUCACCAAGAAUCCUGCCAAGUAUGUGAAGUACAGUCCAGUUGACAUCUCCCAGUUGAUUGAUAACUUCUUUGACAUUGCUGCCUAAUGCAAGCAAUCCAUUCUAUGGGUCCUUUAUGAUGG